AAAGCGACUCGUUCAAACAGCGGGGGAUUAGCACUCCAGUGUAUAAUAUAGCUCAGUGGUUGAGCUCCUGUCUGACUGGCGACUGCUGCCUGGCUGGGCUCUGCAUCCUGUCGUGAAAGAGCAACGGCGCGGGUGCUGCUGUGUGUGCGUGCUGUGUGUGUGCGAGGUGUGUUUGCUUGCAGAGUCAGUUCCAGUAUGAAGAGAGGCAAGAACACAGAGGAGGCGGCAGCAGAGGGGGAGAACAAGACAGGCUCUGCUUCUGCAAAGAAGACCAAAAAAUCCAAGGAACCAGAAGCCCCGAUAUUGUACAACGAUCCCCCUGACAAAACGACGAGCAAUGAUGGACGCAGCGCCAACAUGAAGAUCACCUCCUGGAAUGUCGAUGGGCUCAGGGCGUGGGUGAAAAAGAAUGGACUGGAUUGGGUGCGUGAGGAGGCGCCAGAUGUCCUGUGCCUCCAAGAGACGAAGUGCUCAGAAAAGGCCCUCCCUGCCGAGAUCACGUCCAUGCCUGAGUACCCCCAUAAGUACUGGGCUGUAUCCGAUGACAAGGAGGGGUACAGUGGUGUAGCCAUGCUGUGCAAGACUGAACCUCUCAAGGUGACCUAUGGAAUCGGCAAAGAGGAGCACGAUAAGGAGGGGCGCGUCAUCACUGCAGAGUUCCCAAGCUUCUAUCUGGUGACGGCCUAUGUUCCAAACGCAAGCAGAGGGCUCGUCCGCCUUGAUUAUCGCAAAACCUGGGACGUAGACUUCAGAGCCUACCUGAGCGAGCUUGAUAUGCAGAAGCCCCUGGUGCUGUGUGGGGAUCUCAAUGUUGCACACCAGGAGAUCGACCUGAAAAACCCAAAGGGCAACAAGAAGAACGCAGGCUUCACCCCGGAGGAGCGCGAGGGGUUCAGGCAGCUGCUGGCGGCCGGCUUCGUGGACAGCUUCCGUGAGCUCUACCCGGGGCAGGCCAACGCCUACACCUUCUGGACCUACAUGAUGAACGCCCGCUCUAAGAACGUGGGCUGGAGGCUCGACUACUUCCUGCUGUCGUCUUCCCUGCUCCCUGGCCUGUGCGACAGCAAGAUCCGUAACAAGGUGAUGGGGAGCGACCACUGCCCCAUCACUCUCCACUUGGCUGUGUGAAUCAUCAGAGAUGAUGAUGAUGAUGGUGUAGCGUUUGCUCUGCCCUUUGUUCCAACCUGUCUCAACUAUACCAGAGAAGAGGUUUGGAGGGGUCCCCAGCCUGUUAGUAAAGUCGCCUGUAGCUUAGUUUAUUUUCUUAGAUGAGAUGUUCCACAACAUAACAUGUCUGGUUACUUCAACUGAUUUCUUAAAAUGUGUGAUAUGUGCCCCAAAAUUCUCUACACACGCAACACUAAACACACAUUUAAGCUAAUUUUGAUCAUAUUUCUGUUCCCGACUGCUGUAAAAGAAACUCAAACACGGAUUAAGCUCUUUCUUGUACCCUGUUCUAUUUUUUAUGUAAAACUUGCUUACACUCUUAAAUAAAUAUUUUUUCCAGAC